GAAUGAUAACCCGUGUGAGCCGUCCUGUAGCGGUCAUUUUUAUAUAGAAGGAAGAUCUAGACUUUCAAGAAGGGAGUGUAAUGGUGGAGGACAGAACCCUCCAGGGUUACCAGCCUGGUGCCCUGUGGGUAGCCCACGAAUAAGAUGUUUCGCCUACCCAUGCAGUGUAAUGACAUGCCCACGAUACCCAAGAGCUAAAUGUUUAGCUGAUAAUCCCUGUGAGCCGUCCUGCAGCGGCAACUUCUAUAUACGUCGUCGAGGAGGCCGGGUACGAAGACUUUCUCAAGCUGAAUGUCAGGGCAGAAGGGGAAAUUAAAAGACACGCGAAUACUUAAAUGCCAGCAUCACAUUUUGCAAAAAAUAAUUACAUGCAUAAGUUAUUAAGUGCAAUGUUUAUUGAUAAGAUAUCGUCAAAUUCGGAAUAAAAAAAAAAUAAAAAAAAUAUGAUCUUUAUUA